AUGAUGUCGUUUUUGCGCGUCUCUCUGGGUUUGGUGGCGGCUCUGUGCAUGAGCGCAGCUCACGGUGCAUGGGAGGAGAGUACAGUGGUGCCGGUAAAACUCGACUCAGUCCAGGCGGCGGCCAACACCGAACCGUGGCGGACUCUUAGUCCCGAGGAGCAAGAGAAAGACACAGAAAAGCGGGUAUUUCAACUAGAUGCCUUUGGCAAACGUAUGAUUUUGGACCUGGAGCCUGACCACACGUUCCUUGCCCCAGGGUUCAUAUUCCAAGUUGUGGGGCAAACCGGAGCCCAGGAAGAUGAAGCGCAACGUGAAUUUGACAGAGCAGCGACGAAGUGCUUCUUUUCAGGCUCGGUUAACGGAGAGGCCGACUCUGCGGCCGCGCUCAAUCUGUGCCACGGACUGAAGGGCGGUUUCUACCUCCAUGGUGAAGAGUACUUCAUCCAGCCAGUCAAUGUCACCAACGUGCAGUCUUCAGAAGUCGACCUCCACCUCAUCCGCAGGAGGAGUCGAGGAUCACUGCCCGAGGAGGGCAGCUCCAAAUGCGGGGUCAACGAGGAAGAGGAAAGGGUACCGGAGAGCCCCAAGAAAGAAACGAACAAGGAGGACACAACCUUUGAUCAGACAGCUCACCACCGGGCCCGCCGCUUCGUGUCGACGCCUCGCUUCGUGGAGAUCCUGCUGGUGGCGGACCAGUCGAUGGCCGAGUUCCAUGGCGCGGGGCUGAAGCCCUACCUGCUGACCAUCAUGGCGGUGGCAUCCCGCCUUUACCGCCACCCCACCAUCCACAACUCCGUCAGCCUGGCCGUGGUGAAGCUGCUGGUGGUGUACGACGAGCAGCACGGGCCCGACGUCUCGUCCAACGCCGCCCUGACCCUGAGGAACUUCUGCAAGUGGCAGCGGCAGCACAACCCCCCCAGCGACCGCAACCCCGAGCACUACGACACCGCCGUGCUCUUCACCCGACAGGACUUGUGCGGCGCUCACUCCUGCGACACCCUGGGCAUGGCGGACGUGGGCACCGUGUGUGACCCCGAGAGAAGCUGCUCCAUCAUCGAGGACGACGGGCUGCAGGCUGCCUUCACCGUGGCCCAUGAGCUGGGUCACGUGUUCAACAUGCCUCACGAUGAUGCCAAGCAGUGCGCCAGUAUCAACGGUGCCCAAUGGAGUUCCCACAUGAUGGCAUCCACACUGUCCAACCUCAACCAGCUGCAGCCCUGGUCUCCUUGCAGUGCCCUGAUGAUCACGUCCUUCCUGGACAAUGGCCAUGGUCAGUGUCUGCUGGACAAGCCCCAGAAGCCUCAGCCGCUGCCCAAGGCCCUGCCGGGCUCGGUGUACGACGCUGACCGCCAGUGCCAGCUGACCUUCGGCGACGAGUCGCAGCACUGCCCGGACCUGAGCACCACCUGCGCGGCGCUCUGGUGCACCGUCACCACCUCCAGCGGCCUGCUGGUCUGCCAGACCAAGAACUUCCCCUGGGCCGACGGCACGCCCUGCGGCCACGACAGCUGGUGCCUCGCCGGGCAGUGCCUGAGCAAGAGCGAGGCCGCACGCUACCAGACGCCUGUGAAUGGUGGCUGGGGGAUGUGGGGGUCCUGGGGAGACUGCUCACGCACCUGCGGCGGGGGGGUCCAGUACUCCUUCAGGGACUGCAGCAACCCCAUGCCCAAAAACGGAGGCAAAUACUGCGAGGGCAAGAGGAUCCAGUACCGCUCCUGCAACACCCAGGCCUGCCCCGACACCAAUGGUCUGUCAUUCCGCGAGGAGCAGUGUCUGGCCCACAACCAGAUCUCCUCCCAGAUGACGUUUGGUUCAGGCGACAAGGUGGAAUGGGUGCCCAAGUACGCCGGCGUCUCUCCCAAGGACCGCUGCAAGCUGGUGUGUCGAGCAAAAGGGACGGGAUACUUCUUCAUACUCAAACCAAAGGUGGAGGAUGGUACCCCCUGCAGCCCGGACUCCACCUCUGUGUGUGUACAGGGCCAGUGUGUGAAGGCCGGCUGUGACCGGGUCAUCGGCUCCAGCCGCCGCUUCGAUAAGUGCGGAGUUUGUGGCGGGAACGGCUCUACGUGCAAGAAGGUGUCCGGCUCCAUGGACCGAGCCAGGCCUGGCUACCAGGAUGUGGUGACCAUCCCAGCUGGAGCCACACACCUGGAUGUGAAGCAGCGAGCAGCAGGCGGGUCCAGGCAGGACAACAGCUACCUGGCCAUCCGCCGCCAGGACGGGACCUACCUGCUGAACGGGGACUACAGGCUGACCACCCUGGAGACGGACAUCCCCCUGCAGGGGGCGCUGCUGCGCUACAGCGGCUCGGCCGCCGUCCUGGAGCGGAUCCGGAGCUUCGCGCCCCUCCCCGAGCCCCUCACCAUCCAGGUGCUGUCUGUCGGGGACUCGCCCCGCCCCCGCGUCAAGUACAGCUACUUCGCCCCGCGCCCCGCGUCCCGCCGCCCCUCCAUCAACGCCAUCCAGGAGACGGGGGGCGCGGAGUGGGUGCUGCGAGAGUGGGGGGCCUGCUCGCGGACCUGCGGGGGAGGGGUGCAGCAGCGCUCCGUCGACUGCGUGGACUUCCAGGGCCGGCCCUCGUCCGGGUGCCCCCCGGAGCUGCGGCCUUCCUCCUCCCGGCCCUGCGCCUCUCACCCCUGUCCCACGUGGCUGCUGGGCGACUGGUCGCCGUGCUCCAAGACCUGCGGGCGGGGCUACCAGAAGCGCCUGCUGAGCUGCGUGGGCCACGACGGGCGUGCGGUGACGCCGGAGAACUGCGACCCCAGCAGCCGGCCCAGGCCCCUGCUGGACCUCUGCACCCUGAGCAGCUGUUAGAGACGCCAGCCCAGGGGAGAGAGAGGCCCCAGGAGCAGGGGACACUGAACACAGGCCCCUUUCCACCAGCUCAGAGAGGCCUAGGGCCUGGCGACUGUUAGCACCAGCAAAGAAGACAGACAGUUUUUUUUUUUUUUUUGCUCUUUUUUUUCCCAUCUUAUGACAUUUCCAAAAAUCACAAACAAAAAAAAAAAAAAAGAUUUUCCUUAUAUUAAAGAACUCCAACCGCCUUACAUUCCGUCCUCCUUUGAGGAGAAUGUUUACAUGGUGAGCGGUGUUUUUAAUACUGCCAGAACCAGUGAACUGUUCCCCCACAGGGCUGUCUGCGACAGAGACUAGGGUGGUGACACGACUCAAAGACAGUGUCGAACUGUGUCGGGGGGGGGGGGGG